CACUGAAGCACUACAAAAAUUAUUAGGAAGAUGACAACAAACACUUGGAAUGAUCUAAACAAAGGAGAAACUUGGCCUUUUUCUCAGUACAUAAGCUCAUGACCACCAGCCAUCGGUCUUGUCAGAACCAGCAGAGGUCGUCUUUAGGCUGUCAAUCUGGAGGAAGAGGAAGUUUAUUGUGCUUAUGGAGCAGAAGAAUCCUCUGAGUCAUCUCCUAGCACUGCUGCUCCUUUCAUGCCUUCUCUCCGUGGAUGCAGCUCCCCUUUCAGGAACGUUUGCACUAAAGAACCAAGAUGAAGCAGAAAUGAAGGUGGCAGAUCAGGUGAUCAACAAAGAAACGCCAGAAGAGGGAGGAGUUUCUCUGAAUGAGAGGAUGGACUUUGAACUCGAUGACUACCCUGGAUCUGGAGCCAACAGCCGCCAUGAUCCUAAGAACCCUGGAAAACCAUGAAUUGAAAGUGAUCAUGGCAACUUAGCUUUGGCAUGUAAUAUGAUUAAGCAGCAUCUAGUGCUAGAUUCUAUUGGAAACAACACAUCUUGCAUCAAUGUCCACUCGGUGGUGAGGCAAAGAUGUCACAGAUACUGCUAAUAACUCAUAGGUUGUAAGCUUUUUUAUCUUGGUGAGUUAAAAGAGGAUGUGUAAUCAA